UUUCUUGAAAGAUCGAGAAAACCUUUUGAUUUAGAAAUUUUUGGAUAUUAAUGGAUAGUUACGGCCAAAUUGAUGAGAAAAAGUCUUAGAAGUCGUAUUUAGGUAAAAAAAUCCAAACAAAACCCUAUCCCAACUUUGAUUCCUGGCACAGCUGCCCACAAGCAACACCGCCCCAUUUCAGCAGAGUGAUUUCUAACCUGAGUCGACAAUUCGGUAGCAACCCACCACUCGUAUGGUCUCAAAUCGGAUUCCCCAUAUCCUGUAGAAGUCAGGUUCCAGUUGCGCGAUUCAAGUUUCAGGUUGACAUUGGGUAAGAGAUAGAUUCAUUUCAGAAACUUAGAUAUGAUUCUCAAUGGAUGCACCACACCCACUGGGUGCUUCUUCUCAGAUUCCAAGUUAUCUAUUCCUAGCCGGUCUUCCAUCUUACGUAAUCCUCGUUGCAGUACACAAACUGCUAGCAUUAGGAGUUCAUGGGAACCUCAUUUAAAGCAUCAGACAUGUUACUAUGGAGGUCUCUUACCCUUAAAGCUACGUGCUGCAUCUUCCCCUUUCUUAAGCGGGGAUCUAGGUGGGUUGCUACAUACGAUCCCAAGGUUACCAGGGAAAAAAGUUAUUAGCAUGUCACCACGGGCAGCUAAAGAUAUCCCUACAAGUUAUCGUUUCCCUCCAAUGACCACAAAACCAAAAUGGUGGUGGAGGACAUUGGCAUCCGUACCGUAUCUAAUGCCGUUUCACGAAACUUGGAUGUAUUCUGAAACAGCAUACCACCUACACCCGUUCCUGGAGAACUUUGAAUUCCUCACAUACCCCUUUCUUGGAGCCCUUGGGAGACUACCAAGUUGGUUCUUAAUGGCAUAUUUUUUUAUUGCCUAUCUAGGAAUUGUAAGACGAAAGGAAUGGCCUCACUUCUUUAGGUUUCACGUUGUUAUGGGCAUGUUGAUGGAGAUUGCCCUGCAAGUGAUUGGUACAGUAAGUCGUUGGGUGCCCCUUUCCAUAUACUGGGGAAAAAUUGGGAUGCACUUUUGGACAGCUGUAUCAUUCGGUUUCAUGUUCACGGUUGUGGAAUGCGCACGCUGUGCUCUUGCAGGCAUGUAUGCGGAAGUCCCCUUUGCCUGUGAAGCAGCCUACAUCCAAAUACCAUUUGAUUAAGAACUCUUUGGUUUUGUAGUUGUGUGUGAGUAGAAUGUGAUGUAGACAUGUAGUUUUGCUACUGCACUUUCGGAAAUGAACAUCGAACAUUCUGAGCUCUAUCGAAAAUUUCUUAAGUUAGUUUUAAGCAUGUAUCUUUGUCUUUGUAGAAACUGAGGAUUUUGUAUGGAAGAAGUGAUUAUGGGCGACGUAAAGGACACACGUCCUUACGAGUGACUAAAGCUUUAUUAUCAUUUGUAUUUUGUCAACUUUGUUAAGAAAAUGAAUUUGAACUACUAAUGUUUGUGAUUGGUU